CUCCUCCAGUGAGUAAAAAAGAUGUGAAACUUGACAAGGUGACUUCUAGGUGAUGGAUUUUAAUGGCAAGCCAAUUAUCUUCUGCGAAUAUGAUGAUGAUUUCACAUUAGGAGAUGGUUACGAUGAAGGCAAUCAGCUGAUCCUAGGAAAUGAUGGGAUUUUUCUUCUGACCUUCAUCAUUGCAUUCAUAUUUAACUGGAUUGGAUUCUUUUUAACCUUCUGCUCAACCAAUACCAUUGCAGGAAGAUAUGGGGCCAUAUCUGGAUUUGGGUUGUCCCUUAUAAAGUGGAUCCUCAUUGUUAGGUUCUCCGAUUAUUUUUUCGGUUAUUUUGAGGGGAAACUAUGGCUCUGGUGGAUUUUUCUGGGUGUUGGGACUUUGCUUUUCACAAGUGGUUUCAUCAAUUAUGCAAAAGCUCGGAAAGUAGCUUCAAAGAUCGCCAGCUUGAAGAAGUCCAAGUUCCUUUUCAUUUUCUGAUGCUCAACAAUGGCUAUUGAAAUGAGGAGAUCAUGGAUCCUGUACCAUCUCAGCAAGCUCUUUAUCCACAGUCAUGUCAACAAGUUCCAGGCACUUAUGUUUUUA